UCAAUCUUGUAUCUAGAAUUCCCUAUCUAGGUAUGCGAUGGACCAUGGCUUCUCUGAUGUACAGACCGCAGCCUUCUUUACCGUCGUGAAGAGACUACAUGAGAUGUGCACUUCGACGCCAUUUGAUAAUAUCGAGGAGUGCUUCCAAUAUUUCCGGGAGCUGAUGCUCUGCCAUUCCGUACAGAGACCGCCAUGGAGUAUAGCACUGUUCACAGCGCAGCAAGUGCAGUCAAUGGCUGAGCACGUUGUCCAUACUUAUUUCAAACAUUUUCUACUCUACAAGUAUGCCUUCACUCCGAAGCUGACAAUGGACAUAUCACUGAAGUAUAGCGACAGCAUGGAAAAAGAUUCCGUUGAAGAGACCAGUGCCAAAGAUAGUGACAGUGGUGAGAAUGAACAGGGAGUUAUCGAUGCACCCCUUGCUGUGUAGUGCAACAUUUAGUACGAGCAAGAAAUGCCAAAGGAAUAGAAACUCAUUUUAUGCUGUCCUAAAAAAACGUGUUAUAUUAUUAAUAAUAUUUUUAUGUACAUAGCAAAAUAACACCUUUUAUGAACUAAACUGAAUACUACUUUCCUACUUUUGACUUAAUCAGAAUUAUCACAUUUACAUUCAUAAUGAUCACGCCAACAUGAUUUGUUAAUUUCAAAGCAAUUGCCCUGUUGCAAGACUUAUAUACCAGUGUAAUAUAGUCUCAUAUUGCACUAGCAGAACGACAU